AGUCACGUGACCGGCGUUCGAGCUCUUUCCGUUUUUUUUCUCCUCUCUUUUUAAAACCGAACGUUUCCACCAUUUGAAACAAAAAUCUGGUCGCCCCUCGCGCUCCUCCUCCGAACCCGGGCAGCGUUUAAACAGGGGGCGGGCUGUUACCGUCAGCGGGCAGUCCGCGGUGGGAAGGAAGGCAGGAGAGCCGCCGCGGGGUGAGGGUAAUGGUGGCCAUGUCGGGGCGGGUUGCGAGGGACUGAGCUUUCCUUCGGUUCGCACGCUCGUUCCUUCCUUCCUUCCUUCCCCCACCCCCUCCCCCUCCUCUUCUCUUUCCCUCCCUCCCUCCCUCUCCUUCCUUCUCCCCAUCCUUUCCCUCCCGCGGAUAGAGAAGGCAGCGGCCGCCACCGCCGCUCGGAGGAGGGGGCCGAGCGGGAGGCGAGUCCUCGCGAAUGGCGAGAGGCGGGCGCCGGAGGCUCGAGCCCAGCGGAUCGCCAGAGGGACGGAGCGGCUCGGAUGGAGGCGCCGUUCGCGGCUAGUCGGCUCCAACUCACAACCACAGCCGCCGCGGCCGCCGUGUAGUGAUGGCUCUGGGAGAGGAGCCGAGCCGCCGGAGACCAGGUCGCGGCAGCGGCAUCGUCCGCUGACACCCAGCUCUGUUAUAAAUGGACAUUGGCGACGCCGCGGUAACCGGGCAUCGGAGUAAAAGCGAUCGGAAAGGCGCUCGGCGGCGGAGGCGGCGGCAGCAGCAACAACAACAACGCAGCGGCCUCCCCGGCCGCUGCUCGGACGCCGCCAUGAAUCCGGUGAACGCCACCAGCCUGUACGUUUCGACAUGCCGCUACAUCAUGCAGUGCGAGCCGCAGGAUCCCGGCUCGUUUCCCGAGCUUUACAAACUGCUGCCUUACCUGCGCCAGUCCCUUUCCUGCUGUGUCUGCGGAAACCUACUGAAAGAUCCAAUUGCACCUACAAACUCCACUUGCCAGCAUUACGUCUGCAAACUGUGUAAAGGCAAAAAGAUGAUGAUGAAGCCCUCCUGUAGUUGGUGCAAAGAUUAUGAACAGUUUGAGGAAAAUAUACAGCUGAACAUACUGGUGCGUUGCUACAAAAAACUAUGUGAAUAUGUAGCUGAAUCCCCAAUUUCACAGCACCUCACUACAGUAAUGGAUGGUGCGCCUGACAUUUUAAACCUGCUGCAAGAGGGGCUCUUAUUGGAUGAAGAGAGACAAGGGGCUGCUGCUUCGGCAAGUGCUUUAAAUUUAUCAAAUUCCCCGACCCCGUCGACCUCGGAAUGCACCAGUGACCUAGAAAUGGCGGCUACACCACAAAUCAUUGAAAAUAUUCAAGACUGUGAGCAAGUUUCAAGUAAUACUGAAUUAACCUGCUCUAGUUUCAAUGGGUUGCCUGGUUGCAACGGACUUUCUGUAGGCGAAUUUACUGUAAAUAUUUUUUCUUCUGAAAAUUCAGAAAGGCUCAAUACAUCCUGCAUGGCAGAGGACUUCAAAAGUAGGGACAUUUCUGACAGUUUGCAGGCAGUCAGCGAAGUAGUUUCUUGUAGUAAUGUUGAUGUAGUGGGUGUUGACAUUUGCAGUUAUGGUGAAGACAUAAAGCCUAAUGGCUCUUUGUUACUUACUGGUGGACAUGUAUAUCAAGACCUAGAAACAGUUUCAAAUGAUCUAGAUGCCUGUAGCAAUUAUUCACAACCGAUUUCUGAGGCAAUUACACCCAAUGGACCUCUCUUAGAUGCCAAACCUAUCUCCUUGCCUUCUAUAAACAGUAUUUUUGUUUCUAGCAACGCACCCCCUCAUGGUAUUCCCUGUGUAGCAGCAACACCCAAAAUAGUACGGAUGAAUCGGAAGCGAUCUCGAUCGGAGAGCGACAGUGAAAAGAUUCAGCCCCUACCUAUUUCCAGAAUUAUACAUGGCCCACCGUUAGGGGCUGCUGCUCCUGUUCCUGCCAAACGCGAGACUAAGUUGUCCACUGAAACUGUCGUCACUGUGCCAAACGGGGGCACACUAAAAGUGGGCAAACCUUUGCUUGCGACCAGUAAAAAUGUUAAAAAGCACGCAGAACAUGGAGCAAAGAAAUCGCACUCAAAAGUAAAGCAGGGAACAACCAAAUCUAAAACCAAGGAGAAGGUUCAUAGCAGUACUAUAAUGCCUGGUAGCCCAUCAAAAAUAGCAUACAAAAAACCCCCAGAGAAGAAGGGGUGCAAGUGUGGACGUGCAACACAAAACCCAAGUGUUCUUACUUGUCGUGGGCAACGUUGCCCUUGUUAUUCAAAUCGCAAGGCCUGUUUGGACUGCAUUUGUCGUGGAUGCCAGAACUCGUACAUGGCCAAUGGUGAGAAAAAGUUGGAGGCUUUUGCCGUGCCAGAGAAGGCCUUGGAGCAGACCAGGCUUACAGUGGGCAUCAGUCUAACCAGUAUCAGCAAUGCGGUGCGGAAUGCAAGCACGAGCGCAAGUGUCAUCAAUGUGACAACUGGGUCGCCAAUACCUACUUUCCUAGCUGCCAGUCCACAUGACGACAAAAACUUGGAUGAAACUAUUGACUAUAGAUAUGACUGUUAGAUUGGAAUCGAUCUGGUGGACCUUAGGCAUGUCCCUGUUAAUGGGAUGACUACAACUUUAAGGCAGCUAUAGUUCUAUAUUUGGGGGGAAAAAACUUAGUUGAACUUGCCGUAGUGCUUUGGGUAUAGAUCACUUGAAGUAAAUGUAAAUCAUCAGGUUUGACUCCGGAGGAGAGGAAUAGGUUAAUUAGAUGUAAUUAUGAACUUUUACAAGUGGUUUAUACUGAAUGAUCUUUGGCAAGAGAAAUUUGACCUCAUUGUUGCUGCUUAUGCAUUGUGCAUAAUCGCAGAAGGUUAAGGUGUAAUUUAAAAAAGAAUGGUGAACUACAGUACGAACAGUUUAAAAAAAAAACCAUGUAGAAUAUAAUGUCACUUUUUAUAUGCAGAUUAUUUUUGUGUUCUCUAAAUCAAAAAAAACAUUGGUUUUGUUUUAUUUUGGUAAUGUCAUUAGAUGACCCAAGAAUAUAUUUAAAACAAAAUGCCUCAUUAUUUUCUAGUGUCUGCAUUAGCAUGAAUCAGUUGCACAAAGCAAAACACUCCCAUAACACCUGUGUAGUUAGUUUCAAGUAGAAAUGAGGAUGAUAUUUUAGGCGCACAUGGUAUAUAUUUUCUUCCCUCAGGGUUGCUUGCCAUUUUAUUAGAACCAUGUGGUGCUCAAUGUGUAAUUUUGUCAUGAAUGGUGGUUGCUGGAAGACCCCACCCCACUCUGCACAUGCACUUAGAUGCCUACAAUUGGAGACAGUGUCGGAGCCAUGUUAACAAAAGUGUGUACAGAUGAAGGUUAUUGAGUCAGUUAAGUUGUGCACAAGUGUUUAUGCAGGUGUUUCUCUAACGUAUCUGAGGGGCUUGAUCUUUUACAAACUUGGGGAUGUACAAUAAUUUGAUACUGUGCUGGAUUUGUGCUACAACUCACCACUGUCUCCUUUUGAUGAUACAGGAAGCAAAGUGGUGAUGAAUUGACAUUGAACCCAAACGUGCAUAUUACAGCAGUGCCUCUGCAUUACUUGUUAUCUGCCAUUGGGUAGCAUAGCACUUACUGUAUCGUCCUGCAUUUACCUUCUAGUGCCAGAUAGUACUGCAGGUGGUAGUUAAUUGUCAGCAUGUCUAACUAAAAUGAACAAUAAUACAUUUUAGCCACAUUGGCAAAUUCAGGUUUUACAUUGGUAUAAAUACAGUUGAGUAACAAAACAAUUGGCCCUUGUGUCUUUAUGUGCAAUUUGACCAAUAUCAUCACAUAAAGUUGGAAUGAAUAAGUACAAUAACUUUCACUAAGGCAGUUCAACAAUGGGGACUAGUGCAUGUGCUCCUCUCCCUCUCGUGUCCCUUGCAUUGAAAGCAAAUCCCAAUAUUUUGUCAUUAAUAAUAUCUCAUAAUCCCAUUACUUCUGUCAAUGUGGCUGAACUGCUUGUACCACUGUCCACCAUUGUAAUGUAUAUGAAAUUACUCCUCAGCCUCACUUAUGGUUUGGCACAUAGCAUGCACAACAAUGGUUAUUCACAUAGUGUAAAUGUGCAGGAAAUUUUUCACAUGCAGAAAGAGAUCGGAUGGCACCUUUUUGUUUUUAUAGUGUAGCUGGUGUCAUUUCCUGUGAAUGUGGUCAAGUAGCGUUUUGAAGCCAUAGGAAUAAUGUGAUGUUUGUGUCCAGUCUGUAUUUUUUUUGUUGUUUUUUUCUUUUUUUGUUUUGCAAGAAGAAUUGAAACUAUUUUUGAUAAUGAGAGUAAAUGGUGGAAAAUACUUCUUCAGUUUUCUUGUCUUUUUUGGCACCUAAGGCACCUACAUUUUAAUUUUUUUUACAUCCGUGGUAAAUUAAUGUCAUAGCAAAGCUAUGUUUUUGUAUUUGUGUAUUGUGAUUUCUGUAUGCUGACCAAAAAAAUCCAUUAAUUGAGUAGGUGGUUGAUCCUAACUCUCGCAUGAACUUUACGCUUGCUGUUCAAGCAUUUAAAACAGAUACUGGUAUGUAGCCACAAGAAGUCCGUGGAACCAUUUCAUGACAUUUUUGCAAAGCUGUGAAGCUGUAUUAACACUGUUGUUUUCCUGUUACCCGUGGUAAAAGUUGGUCCAGAUUCCAUUGAGGAACCUAGAGAAAACAUCCUUAAUUUUUUUUCUAAAUGCUGGUAUAUUCAUGCCGUUUUUCGGAACAUGUAUGAGAAAGUAAUGAAUAAAUGCAUUAGUUUUAUACUA